AAUAAUAAAAACUGCAUAACAAUAACAGAUCAAAUCAAUACAACUCAAAAUUAAUCCCCAGAAUACAUAGCAAAUAACAAUAACAAAAAUAACAAAUCAUAAUAGCAAUAAGAUGACAAUAACAACGAAAGACUGGCCCUUAAUACUCCCUCAGGCAUUAACUAAUAAUAACAACAUUCCUCUCAGACUGGAGCAGUCUUCCAGAGGGCUGGGGAGCUGGCAUUAAGUUGCUGGCCUGGUGUCUCUCGGCCUCAGUAACUGGCCUGGUGUUUCUAGGGGUGGGGCAGCUUUAUAGAGUGCUGCUCCAUGCCAAGCCCUGGUUGCUGUGCCUUUGCUGCUGAGUCCUGGCAGAUGUUAAAGGAGACAGAAAGCAAAAUGGAUACAACCAGCCAUAGCCUGAUGCUUCUCCAGCAGUUGAACAUGCAACGGGAAUUUGGCUUUCUCUGUGACUGCACAGUUGCAAUUGGAGAUGUGUACUUUAAAGCCCACCGAGCAGUCCUAGCUGCCUUUUCAAACUAUUUUAAGAUGAUAUUUAUUCAUCAGACAAGUGAAUGCAUAAAGAUACAGCCAACAGAUAUUCAACCUGAUAUAUUCAGCUACUUACUCCACAUCAUGUACACUGGAAAAGGACCCAAACAGAUGGUCAACCAAGCUCGGCUGGAGGAAGGCAUCCGUUUCCUGCAUGCUGACUACCUUUCCCGCAUGGCGAUUGAAAUGAACCAGAUGCUCUCCCCAGAGUCUCUUUCCUCUUCAAAUCUGUAUGGGAUUCAGAUCUCUACUACACACAAGACUGUCAAGGAAAGCCUCCAGACAAAGGAAAGUUUAACAAGCCUUGGGGGCAGGACUGCUAGUCAAGGUGAUCACCCCCAGCUUCAGCUGUCUCUAGCCAUAGGGCUUGAUGACGGCUCUUUGGACCAGCAGAUUUCUCAUCCUUCUGUCCAGACAGCUGCAAAACCAGUAGAGGAGCCUGCAAACCCACCUGUAACGGUAAAGCAGGAAAAGGUUGACUCUGAGCCAGUUGUAUCACAGAAUCAUGUUUCUUCCUCCCCGGAGAUUAGGAGCCCAGCCUUUGCUAAAGCCAACCUCAAAGUCCAUUUAUGUCAGUAUUGUGGGGAGCAUUUUGAAUCCCGAAGCAUCUUGCGGGAGCAUUUGUUUACUCACGUGUCAGGGUCGCUGCCAUUUGGAGUCCCAGCCUCGAUCCUUGAAAGCAAUGACCUCAGCCAGCUCCAGCCCCUUAAUGAAAACCGUGAGGCUGUUGACAAUCACCGGCCUGGCACUUUCCUUCGGAGAGAGAAUGAGCGCCAAUUGGAACAUCCAACCCGUAGCAACCUGGAGCCACUGCCGAUUGGCCAGUUGUCCCUGGUAUCCAAAGACUCAGAGCCCAUGGAGUUAAACUGCAACUUUUCCUUUUCACGGAAAAGGAAGAUUAGCUGCACAAUCUGUGGUCACAAGUUUCUUCGAAAGAGCCAGCUGGUCGAACACAUGUACCUUCACAAAGGAAAACACUUCAAAUUGGGGAGGUGCCAGCGCCUUGGCAGUGCCCUGGCUCCAAAGUUUCAUCCAUAUAGUGACUGCUGGACACAGAGUGCUGCAAAAAGUGUCACCCCCUCUCAAGCUCAUGUGGACCCACAAAAUGUGUUGGAUCCUGACCUCUCUCAAGAGAACAUUGCUGCCAUCCUGGUAGAAUAGAUUCUUCCUUUUGUGUCUGUGUUUUUUAGCCUGAGAAUGAACAGUGUUAAUCUCAGUGUCUCUUUGCUGUUGCCAAAAGUGUUCUUCUAAAAUAUGAACAGGUACUGGAAAGCCCCAUUCUCUAUUUACUUCACCAUCUUGGGCACAUGGCUGCUUAGAGCAGUGAAGAGACCAUGUGGGUAGGGCAUAUGAUGUGGUUACAUGUCAUGCAUAUAUCAACUAUGGACAAGAUUGUUGCCAAAUGCAAGCAGACUCACAAGCUGCAAGUUUGAUGGCCCAUGGUCUGAUUUGUUUAUAAGAAAGUUUCAUCACUGGAUUUAUACUCACCCACCUGCUGAAGUUGGGAGAUCCCCAGAUGUUUUGAGCUGUGGAAUUUGUAUAUAGGGACUUAGAUAAUAAAGUGUGGAAUUCAUUACCUCAAGGAUGUAAAGGUGGCUAGCAAUUUGGGAGGUUUUUAAAGGGAAUUAAAUACAUUUAUGGGGUUAGUCAUCAUUGGGUCCUGGUUUGGGGGGGGGGUUGUGUAUCACAUUCAGUAUCAGAGGCACCAUGCCUCUGUUUAUCAGUUCUGGGGGAAUGCAAGACAGAGGAUGCAGCUGUGCUUCCUCUUUUGCUGACAGGCUUCCCAAGGGCGUCAAUUGGCCACUGUGUGAACUGAAUGCUUGAUUAGUGGAGCCUUUGGUUUGGCUUAGUCUGGCUCUUCUUACAUUCUUAUGGUAUCGGCAGAGCAAAAUGCUCCUCUUUUACUUCCCUGCCUCCCACCAUUACCUCUUCGUAGUCUUCUGGCAGCAUAGUAGGGAAAUGGUAGUCAGGAAUACCUCUGUUUUUAGUAUCUCACUGUUUGUGAAAUGAGAAGCAAGUCUCCCAAAUUGGAUUCCAGAAUUAAAAUUAAAUACAUUUAAACUAAAAUGGAUUUCUGUUUAUUUUGCUACGGCUUUACAUAAGACUACAGUGCUUAACCAAUUGACUAGCCAAGGCAAUUGAGUAAUAACCUUUUGAUCAAUUAAAAAUAUGCCCCUGAUUAAUCAUGCUUCGGGUUACAAUUUUUAAAAAAAACAAUUAAAGGACUUACAAAAAAGAUUUGGUGGAAUGAUAACUUCAUCUUAUAUCUUGUCAAAAACAGCUCUUCCAGAUUUUAAAGAAAAAUGUUUCUCCUAAUGUUUAUGUGGAGUCCCUUUUCUUGUAAUUUGAAUUCAUUGGUUUUUAUUUUAGUUUCCGGAGCAACAGAAAACAAGCUGGCUCCAUCAUCUACAUGACAUGCCUGCAGAUAUUUGAAAAGAGCUAUUGUGUCACCCCUCAGUCUUCUCUUUUCCAAGCUAAUCAUAUCCAUCCCUGCAAGUCAUUCCUCAUAAGACUUGGUUUCCAGAUCUUUGAUAAUCUUGAUGGCCCUUCUCUAGAUAUUCUAGCUUGUCUUUGUCUUUAUAUUAUAUGGGUUAAUAUCCCACAUUU